AUGAACAGUCAUAAUGGAAAAUACUAUGUAUCACCUGUUAAUAUUGAGCUCAAAGUUAAUAUGAUAAUUGUGUCACACUUCUGUGUGAGGGAUAAGUGCGCCGGACCCCUCUCAGCCGGCCCCCACACGUCCCCCAUCUGGCACCACCGCCUGGCGGCCUGCGGCCUGGUGCUGUUCUCGGUGGGCGUGGGGCUGGCCCUCGUGCUCAACCUGCUGCAGGUGCAGCGCCACAUCACCCUGUUCCCAGACGAGGUGGCCGCCACCAGCUUCUCCUCCACCUGGUGGGUGGCCCUCUGCUGCGGCACGGCGGCCGCUGUGGUGAGCCUGCUGUACCCCUGCAUCAACAGGCACCUAGGGGAGCCCCACGAGUUCAAGCGCGAGUGGACCAGCAUCAUGCGCUGCGUGGCAGUCUUUGUGGGCAUCAACCACGCCAGUGCUAAGUUGGACUUCGCCAACUACGUGCAGCUGUCGCUGACGCUGGCCUCGCUGUCCCUGGGGCUGUGGUGGGCAUUCGACCAUUCCCGUAGUGGCCUGGGACUCGGCAUCACCAUCGCCUUCCUGGCCACGCUCAUCACACAGCUGCUGGUGCACAACGCGGUCUACCAGAACACCUCCCCUGACUUCCUCUACAUUCUCUUCUGGCUGCCCUGCAUCUUCUUCUCUGGAGGCGUGCCCAUGGGCAACAUCGGGCGGCAGCUGGCCAUGGCUCUGCUCUCGCACCCGAGCCCAGCACGCCUGUCUGCAGGAGCUGGGACCGCGACGGCCGGUCAACUUGGCUGGGGACUCAAACCCUUGACUCCGUUCCCGCGGACGGAGCCGCUGCAUCUCAGAGCCCCGAACUUAAAGCCGAUGCCAGCUCUGAGCCUCGCACACGGCCCCGGAGCCCCAUGGAGCUGUGGGCAGGCGCCAGCCGGGUCGUCCAAGUAG